GUAAAAUUAGUACUUGUAUAAGUAUUGAUAAUAAACCACAAAUGUACCAAAAAUGGUGCAUAGGAUUUUAAAGACACAUUAAUAACCCUGAUUAAAACAAAUUAAUGAAUACCGUAUGAAAGGAAUCAACUACUCGACCAAGAAGACUCAGCAGUCGUUGAUAUAAAUAGAUUUUAGUGAAGAGAACAUAAAGAUCAAAUCGAAGGCCAUGAUAAAUAUUAUAAAGUUAGGAGUGUUAUCGGUUUUACUGGCGUAUGCCAAAGCCGAUUGGCCGAUAGAUCUUUUAGAAGAGCCGAUUUACCGUAACCAAGUUGAUGACACUGUCUACCGUCUACCUGAAGAGUUGGACCCCCAUCAUUAUGAUAUAGAAAUAACACCAUACUUCGAAGCUACUGCUAAUAGACCGGCUUUCACUUUUGAUGGCAUAGUUACGAUUCGUCUUAGAGCAGUACAAGCUAAUUUAAGUGCUCUCAUCAUCCAAGAAAAUGUCCGAGAGAUCCUCUCUGUUACUCUCACCGACGAAGCUAAUGUGCCGAUAAGAAUCAACACAGCAAAUCCCUUUGAACGCAUCAGAGAGUACCAUUUCCUAAAAAUCAAUCUGGCUGAUGGAGUUACCUUGGUUAAUGGACAAGUGUACUUGCUCACUGUAGAGUACAUUGGAAAUAUAAACGAGACACCGCUGUCGAGAGGUGUAUUUAGAGGAAACUAUGUCGGUGAUGAUGGACGUCUUCACUGGUACGCGGCAACUCAUUUGCAGCCAACGCACUCAAGGCAACUCGCACCGAGUUUCGACGAGCCCGGCUUCAAGUCUACCUUUGACAUGAUCGUCAACAGACCCGCGUCAUUUGGAGAGACCUUCGGCAACAUGCCCAUUCGACAGACGAUUCAAAUGGGAAACCGUGUGAAAGAGAUCUUCCACAGAACUCCUAGGAUGUCAGCGUACUUGCUAACGUUGCAUAUCAGCGAAGAAUUCACUGUUAUCGCCGACAACAACGACACUGCUAGGCCCUACAGGAUUCUUGCCAGGCCUAACGCUAGAGGACAAGGAGAAUACGCUUUGGAAGUGGGACCUCCUAUCACCAGGUGGUUAGAGAACUACUUGGGCAUUAGUUACUACUCUAUGGAAGAAAACAUGAAGAACGAUCAGAUUGCUUCGCCAUUCUGGGCGUCUGGUGCGACAGAAAAUUGGGGUUUGGUUACUUAUAGAGAACUCCGUCUGCUUGUCGAAGAAGGUGAGACUAAUGCAAAUGAUAAAAUGACGGUCGGCACCAUAACAGCCCACGAGCUGGCCCAUAAGUGGUUUGGCAACUUGAUUACUUGUCGUUGGUGGGACAAUGUCUGGAUUAAUGAAGGCUUUGCGAGCUACUUCGAGCAUUUUGCCAUGGACGGCGUUGAUAAAUCUCUGGAGCUAGCUGAUCAGUUCAACAUCCAGUAUAUGCAAAGCGCAUUGUCUUCUGAUGCCUCUGCUGGUACCAGGGCCCUGCAGCAUACAGUCAACAGCCCCACACAAGUGACUGGCCACUUCACAGGUAUCAGUUACUCAAAGGGAGCGGCAUUCCUUCUCAUGCUGAAGCAUUUCGUCACUGAAAACACUUUCAAAAAGGCCUUGAACUACUUCUUGGUUGACAGGUCCUACAAACAUGCGUUCCCAUCAGAUUUGUUCAAUGCUUUCGGCCGCGCUGUGAGAGAAGACGGCACCUUAGCUAGUGGAUUUAAUAUCGAACAUAUUAUGAGGUUUUGGGUUGAGCAGCCUGGUUACCCAGUGCUGAACGUAGAAGUUGACAUGAACACUGGCGUCAUAAACCUGAGACAGGAACGAUUCUUUAUCAGUGCAAGCACGCAAGGCACCCUUCAGGUGUGGCCUAUACCCGUGACAUAUACCAGGGACAAUCCUGAUUGGAAUGCAUUGAAGUCCACUUUCGUCAUGGACUCUAGGAGCGCUCAAAUUCAAAAACCAGCUGGACGUGAAUGGGUUAUCUUCAACGUUCAACAGCAAGGAAUAUACCGUGUCAACUACGAUACACAGAACUGGCAAUUGAUUGCUGCAGCUUUAAGUAAGAACGUCUCAAGUAUCCAUCAUUUGAACAGAGCACAAAUUGUAGAUGAUGUGUUUGCGUUAAUGCGUUCCGGAAGAAUGACUUACAACUUGGGUUUCCAAGUGCUGGACUUCUUGAAGCAAGACACGAGCUACUACAGCUGGUAUCCAGCUAUAACCGGUUUCACCUGGCUUAGGAAUAGAUUCUUGCACAUGCCUGACGUAUUGGCUGAAUUUGACGAAAUCCUCUUUGGAUACUUGAAUGCUCUUAUUACUGAUUUAGGCUACGAGGUAGUCCCCGAUGAGCCAGUGACGAGGACUUUGAACAGAUUCUUCGCCUUAACCUUCGCUUGUAACAUUGGACACGAAGGUUGCGUCCGUGACGCUGCACAAAAAUUCAAUGCUCUGAGAACCUCUGGUGCCAGAGUAAACCCUAACCUGAGACGCCAUGUCUUCUGCACCGGUCUUCGCAAAGGUGGAUACGAGGAUUGGCGAUUCCUAUACGAGAGAAGACGCAAUUCCAACAACCAGGCUGAUGACCUCGCCAUGCUUAGAGCUCUCGGUUGCACCACUGACAACAGGGCUAGACAAGAGUACUUGGAGAUGAUACUGACGGAUGAGGUGAAGGCCCAAGACACAGUGAAUGCAUUCACUUUCUUCUACAUGGGAGACAGGAGUAAUGCCAGAGUGGCCUUAGAGUUCUUGAAACCAAGAGUAGAACAAGUUAGACAAGCUGUUGUGCUUCCUGCUUGGUUUGACAGCGUAUUGUCAAAUCUCGCAUCUUACUUGGACGAAGAAGGCUUGCAAGAUAUGGAACAAUGGCUGAACGCAAACCGCGACACCAUUCCUAACUACAACGUAGGUUUAAGCGCCAUCAGCUCUACCAGGGCUAACAUGAGAUGGGGAACUCAGAAUGCGAACAUAGUUCUUACAGCCGCCCGAGGUGCUGCUGUCGUGGUGCUGCCAACUACGAUGCUGUUCUUGUCUACAUUGUUUGCUCUGCUAUUGAAAUAAUACUUUAAAGAAAUAUACGAAUAAAGUAAU